AUGGCAGAGUCAGAGUCAUCAGAAGCCCUGCAGCCAACCAGAGAAGAGCAGGUCCAGGGGGUAUCCCACCAUGCCUUGCACCGCGUGUACCUGGUGGAGCCAGCGUUGCAGCUGGUCAUCAACACGUCCGGUUUCCAUGGCAACCAGCCAGCCAAUGAGCACGGGCAGUGUUUCACUGUUGCCUGGCAACCGGAUGAAGGGCACCGUCGAUUGGCUGCUGGGUUUUAUGAUGGAACAGUUGGUAUGUGGGACCUACAAACCGAGUCCCCCCUCCUCAGGUUGGCUCCCCCCACAGUGCCUAACAACAGAGUUCUAAACAACUACCUCAUGUUCUCCGCUCAUGACUGGGCAGUCACGUCUGUCGUCUGGAGCGAGACUAACUCCAGGUUCAUCGCUACAGGCAGUCUGGAUAGACAAAUCAAGUUCUGGGACCUGCAGAUGCCGGUCUCUCCCAUCCAGCAGAUCAGGUGGACAGCUGUACGCACACUGGCCUGGCCACUACACUUCCCAGGUCUGUUUUUCAAAUCCAUAUGCAUGUAA